AUGUCCUCACCACCACCACCGUCCUCAAACCCCCUCAAACGCCCCUCCAUCUCCUCGGCCUCCUCCCAACCACUCGGCAGCCAUCCCAAGCGACCGCGCAUGCACCCCCUCCGCCAGACCUCCUUCCCCAACACCAUCGACGCAGACACGCGCACCUACAGCGAUGCCGGCAGCGUGACGGGCAGCUUUACAGGCAGUCUGGGCGGGACCAGCGCAGAUGGGGUGUUCCUAACGAAGGGAAAGAAGCGCGGUAGGAAGAGUAAAGCGGAGAAGGAGCGCGAGAGAGAAGAAGGGAGUUUGCGGGCGGGAAUGGAUCGACUGGGGUCGGUGGAUGUGGAUGGCGCGUCAGUGAGGGGUGGUGCUUCUGGCGGUGCCGGAGGAGGAGGGGGAGGAGAAGAUGCAGAUGAGGAUGAGGAUUUUGAUGAUGAGGGGGAGUUGCUGGGGAGGGAGGAGGGGACGACGGAUACGGAGGCGGAGAAGAAGAAUAUGGCGUUGUUGGUGGAUGCAUUCAAUCCCAUCCAGUCGGAACGAUAUGAUCUGUUCAAACGAGCCAAGUUACGAAAGGAGACGCUACGACGUAUUGUCAAUCAUGCGCUGUCGCAGUCUGUGCCGGCUAGUGUUGUCACAACGAUUAAUGGUUUUACGAAGGUGUUUGCGGGUGAGAUUAUUGAGAAGGCUCGUACCGUGCAGGCGGAGUGGGCUAUCGCUCAUGAUCAGGCGGCUUUGGCUGCAAUUGAAGCUGAACAGGCGACGACAACAACAACAACCACAACAUCUGGGGGUAUUAAGCAGGAGCCCAUGGAAAGGGGGCCUAUGUCUACGCCUGUUGGGAAGAAAGAUGUCAAGCUGCCUCCGAAUCCCCAUCGGGGCCAGUUGCUGCCCUCGCAUCUACGGGAGGCGCUGCGGCGGUAUAAGCGGGAUGGUGAGGGUGGAGGCGUAGGGUUCUCGGGUCUGAGUAUGGGCAAUCUGGGGGUGCGAGGGUCGGUGACUUGGUCGGCGGGUAGUGUUGGCGGACGGCGCAUCUUCCGGUAA